UCGGCGUGGGCCUGUUCGAGGUGGGGAAAAAAAACGAUCCGGCGGCUUCUCUCUUCUCUCCCCCACGCCUCUCUCGGCCUUCUUUCCUAGAGGCGACGACGACAGGGCGAGUGGAGGUGGAGCCGCCCUUUACCAGAUCUUCGUCGGGUGCUUCGCCGGCCGACAAGGGCUCACGCUUAGCCAUCCCUGGAGAUGCAUCCUCCGCUAACCUUGCACAGGCAUCCUAUGUGUGCUGAGAUAAUUGAAGCAUUCCAGAAGUGCCAUGUGGAUCACCCUGUCAAGAAGUUCUUUGGCGAAUGCACAGAUCUUAAGAUUAAGCUAGACCAGUGCUUCCGGCAGGAGAAAGGUUUGAAGAGGAAGGCAAAUUUUGAGGAGAGCAAGAAAUUUAAAGAACAGUUGCAGGCAUAUAAAAGGGAAAUGGCUGAGGAAAACAAGGAAUCAUAACUUGGAAUAUAGGGCGAGGAUCUGCAUUUGAAUGUUCUUUUUAUCACAAAAUGCAACAGCCUCAGCUGUAUACUUCACAAAUUUUUAAUGUUUUGAAAAGCUACUACUAGUGAUGAACUUAGAGUUCUGAACUCUUUCAUGUGGUUGUGCUACUGAUGUUUGAUCAAAUCUCUAGGAAGGAAGCAACCUUACGUUUAAUCUUUAACACAAGAAGCUCUUGUUAGCAGAGUAACAGAACAUAGGUAACUGAAUUUGCACCAUGUUGUACUAAAAUAACUAAAGUUUGAAUUAAAGGUCCUUGUCUUCUUAUA